CUGUUUCACUUAUCAGGAAGUGAAACUCAGACAGUCAUUGCCACUGAGAGCUGAAAUGGCACAGAGAGGCGAUCAGCUGGACAGAGAAACUUUCUGUUGUUCAAUCUGUUUGGAUCUACUGAAGGAUCCAGUGGCUAUUCCCUGUGGACACAGCUACUGUAUGAGCUGUAUUAAAGGAUUCUGGGAUGGAGAGGAUCAGAGGAAGAUCUACAGCUGCCCUCAGUGCAGACAGAUCUUUGCACCGAGGCCUGUCUUGGGGAAAAACACCAUGUUAGCAGCUUUAGUGGAGCAGCUGAAGAAGACUGGACUCCAAGCUGCUCCUGCUGAUCACUGCUAUGCUGGACCUGAAGAUGUGGCCUGUGAUGUCUGCACUGGGAGGAAGCUGAAAGCCUUCAAGUCCUGUCUGCAGUGUCUCAUCUCUUACUGUGAGAAUCACCUCCAGCCUCAUUACAAUGUUGGUCAAUUUAAAAAACACAAGCUGGUCGACCCCUCCAAGACGCUUCAGGAGAACAUCUGCUCUCGUCAUGAUGAGGUGAUGAAGAUGUUCUGUCGUACUGAUCAGCAGAGUAUCUGUUAUCUCUGCUCUGUGGAUGAACAUAAAGGCCACAACACAGUCUCAGCUGCAGCAGAAAGGACUGAGAGGCAGAGAGAGCUCGAGGUGAGUCGACUAAACAUCCAGCAGAGAAUCCAGGACAGAGAGAAAGAUGUGAAGCUGCUUCAACAGGAGGUGGAGGCCGUCAGUCGCUCUGCUGAUAAAGCAGUGGAGGACAAUGAGAAGAUUUUCACUGAGCUGAUCCGUCUCCUCCAGAAAAGAAGCUCUGAUGUGAAGCAGCAGAUCAGAUCCCAGCAGGGAACUGAAGUGAGUGGAGUCAAAGAGCUUCAGGAGAAGCUACAGCAGGAGAUCACUGAGCUAAAGAAGAAAGACGCUGAACUGAAGCAGCUCUCACACACAGAGGAUCACAACCAGUUUCUACACAACUACCCCUCAGUGUCACAACUCAGUGAACCUACAGACUCAUCCAGCAUCAAUAUCCGUCCUCUGAGAUACUUUGAGGAUGUGACAGCAGCUGUGUCAAAGCUCAGAGAUAAACUACAGGACAUCCUGAAGGAGGAAUGGACAAACAUCUCACUGACAGUGACUGAAGUGGACGUUUUACUGUCAGAACCAAAACCAGAGCCCAAGACCAGAGCUGAGUUUUUAAGAUAUUCAUGUGAAAUCACUCUGGAUCCAAACACAACACACACAGAGCUGUUAUUAUCUGAGGGGAACAGAAAAGCAACAUACACGAGUCAAAAACAGUCUUAUUAUAGUCACCCAGACAGAUUCACUUACUGGCAUCAGGUCCUGAGUAGAGAGAGUCUGACUGGACGUUGUUACUGGGAGGUGGACUGGAGAGGGACAAAAUUUCGUAUAGCAGUCGCAUACAAGAAUAUCAGCAGAGUAGGGAGCUCGAAUGAAUGUGGAUUUGGAUAUAAUGACAAAUCUUGGAUGUUAUAUUGUCACACUAAUGGUUAUACUUUUUAUUUCAACAAUGUCAAAACUCCCAUCUCGAGUCCUGGUUCCUCCAGAGUCGGAGUGUACCUGGAUCACAGAGCAGGUAUUCUGUCCUUCUACAGCGUCUCUGAAACCAUGACUCUCCUCCACAGAGUCCAGACCACAUUCACUCAGCCUCUCUAUGCUGGACUUUGGCUUGUCUAUGAUGGAGUCACAGCUGAGUUGUGUAAACUCAAAUAG